AGAAGCAGCUGGGAGGAGGUGUUGUUGUUGUUGUGGUGGUGUUUUAACUUUGCGGAGCGUCAAAAACUAAAACAACUUAACUGUACGAAUGCGGGGAGAAGAGUCGUCUGAUUCCGAGUCGGGGAGGAUGGAGGAGAGCUCGGUCCGGAGGAGUUUGGAGACGUUGUGUCAGGAGUUGAACAUGGACGAGCAGACGGCCACUGAAGCCAUGGACAACUUCACUGCCAUCUGGGACACAUACACACUGGAGGGAGAGGUGGUCCACUGGCUCGCCUGUUCUCUGUACGCAGCCUGCAGGAAAGGAUCCACUCCCACGGUCGGUAAAGGACUGAUGGAGGGAAACUGUGUCUCUCUCACCAGGAUCCUUCGCUCCUCCAAACUCAGUUUGAUCCAGUUCUUCUCUAAAAUGAGGAAGUGGGCCGACAUGUCCAACCUGUGUCAGGACUUCCGGCUGCGGAUGGACCGGUUGGAGCGCAACUUCGAGGUUUCCACGGUGAUAUUUCGCAAGUUCGAGCCGAUCUUCAUGGACAUGUUUCAGAACCCGGGAGGAGAGCCGCCGAGGCAGCCGCGCAGCAGGAAACACAGACGGCUGCCGUGUCACAUCAGUGAUGUGUUCAAGUUCUGCUGGACUCUGUUUGUCUACACAAAAGGUAACUUCCGUAUGAUCGGUGAUGACCUGGUGAACUCGUACCACCUGCUGCUCUGCUGUCUGGAUCUGGUGUUUGGCAACGCUCUGCUGUGUGCAAACAGGAAGGACCUCAUCAACCCGACAUUCAGAGGUCUGCCUGCCGUCUACCGCACCGACGGUCACGUUUCACAGGACGAGCUUCCUCCGUGUGUGUUGGAUAAGUUGUGCGAGCUGCACGACGGCCUGGUGGUCGAAGCGAAAGGCAUCAAACAGCACUACUUCAAACCGUACAUCCAGAAACUCUUCCAGAAACAGAUCCUGAAAGGCAACGACGAGCUUUUGACAGAAAUGCUGGAUCCUCAGAACUUCAUUGAUAACAAUAAAGCCAUAAACAGAGAGUAUGAGGAGUACGUGUUGACGGUGGGAGAUUUCGACGAGCGAGUGUUUCUCGGAGCCGACGCCGACGAGGAAAUCGGGACUCCGAGGAAAAUCGUUCAGGAACCUUCAGCCAGUCAGACGACGGCUCGCAACCAGCUGCAGCAGCAUGUAGAGAAGUCGGGCUCUCUCGCCCCCUCCACCCCUCUAACAGGACGAGUCUACCUGAAGGAGAAGGACCUGCUCGUCACGCCCGUUUCCUCGGCAACGCAGAGCGUCACCAGGCUGCAGAGCAUGGUGGCCGGUUUAAGGACCGCACCCAGCGACCACAUGAUGCAGAUUUUCAAGUCCUGCUCCAGAGAUCCAACCGAGUCCGUCCUGGCCCGAGUCAAGACGCUCGGACAAACCUGUCAAAGACAUUACACCAACGACUCCGAGGACACGUCUGGGUCUCAUAUAGAUUUUGCAGAGAACCGACUGAAGCUUGCUGAGAUCCUUUACUACAAGAUCCUGGAGUACGUCAUGGUGCAGGAGACCAAACGGCUGCACGGCAAAGACAUGAGCGUUUUAUUAGAGCAGGAUAUCUUCCACUGCUCCCUGAUGGCUUGCUGUCUGGAGGUGGUGCUGUUCUCCUACAGCUCCCAGAGAACGUUCCCCUGGAUCAUCAACGUCUUCAAGCUGCCCUCCUUCUACUUCUUUAAGGUGAUCGAGGUGUUUAUCCGCUCAGAGGAGGGUUUGUCCAGAGACAUGGUGAAGCACCUGAACUUGAUCGAGGAGCAGGUUCUGGAGAGCAGAGCGUGGACCGCUGACUCGUCCCUGUGGAGCGCUCUGCAGGCCGCCGGGAACAAAGUGCCCACAGUGGAGGAGGUGAAUUUUACCUCCAGUUUAGACACUGGUUCUGGUCCUGGUUCUAGUUCUGGUUCUUCUUUGGGAGUUCAGUCCCACCUUCCUCUGGUCGCCCUCUCACCCAUCAUCCACCCCAGAAUCAGGGAGUUCAGGUCAGGACUGGGCAGCGCUCGUAAAGACGUGCCUCCCUCUCCCCUCUCGGUACAUGACAGGUACAGCUCGCCGGCGGCCGGCAGCGCCAAGCGACGUCUCUUUGGUGACGACCCUCCGACCAUGACGUCGGGUUUGAUCGCAGGUUUGAGUCCGAUGUCGUCUCCCGCCAAGAGGCUGACGUUUGGAUCCACCAGCACCCUGAAGAUCGGAGGUCCGGGGACUCAGACCACCGUCCUGAGUUUCCCACUGCAAGGUUUAGGUAACGAGCGCACCGUCACGCUGAUCCCAGUUCAGCCGUGCGACUCUUCAGGAACCAUCACGGCUCAGUUCCUGCUGACCGCCUCACCGAGCCGAGCUGCAGCCGUGACCUCCGACCCCCAGACAGGAAGCGGACGGCCGCGACGCACCGGGUCGCUCGCUCUGUUCUUCAGGAAGGUGUAUCACCUGGCCAGUGUGCGUCUGAGGGAUCUGUGUGUGAAACUCGACGUUUCCUCGGAGCUUCGAGGGAAGAUCUGGACGUGUUUCGAACACUCUCUGGUUCACGCCACCGAUCUGAUGAGAGACCGACACCUGGACCAGCUGCUGCUCUGCAGCGUCUACAUCAUCUCUAAGAUCACUAAAGAGACUCACACCUUCCAGGACAUCAUGAAGUGUUAUCGCAGCCAACCACAAGCCAGCAGCCAUGUUUACCGCAGCGUCUUACUGCGUCGGACUCCCAGUGAGCAGGUGGCCGAUGAGAACAUGGAGGUGGAUCCUGCAUCAGGUGGCGAAUCCGCAGAGAAGACCAAUCAGGUUACAGGAGCGGCCAACGCCGACCAAUCAGGAGAGGAGGAACGCGGUGACCUCAUCCAAUUCUACAACAGCGUCUUCGUGCUGAAGAUGAAAGGCUUCGCUCUUCGUUACGCCACCCACGAUAACCGGGCGGACGCUCCUCCUCUCUCUCCGUUCCCGUCGGUUCGGGCUCAGCCUCUCUCUCCUCGUCGCAUCUCUCAGAGACACUCGCUGUACGUUUCCCCCCACAAGAACUCCGCAGGCUGCCUCACGCCCAACUCCUACACGUACAGGAUCAACAGCAGCCCGUCCAAGGAGUUAUCGGACAUCAACCGAAUGAUCCGGCAGGGCAGCGUGAGCAGGAAGCGAGCGUUCACCAUGGAGGGCGACAUGAUGAUGUCAUCAGCGUGCGACUCCCCCAGUAAGAGGGCGUGCCCGGAAAACGGCAGCAGCCCCGACGUGCUGCUGAAGCGGCUGCAGGACGUCGUGUCGGAGCGGCAGAGUCACUGACGGACUAAAUGUUUAUAAAGUAAUGAAACUUUUAUUUUUUCAUUACAAGAACUGAAGACAUGAAGAGAAACGUUUCAGGUAACGUUUCUCCUCACUGACGCCUGUUUAUCUUUAUAUAUAUAUUAUGACCUCAUCGUCAUAAAGCCCAUGUAGCAUUGAAUGGCAGCAUUUAUGCCAUGUUGUUUUAUCCAAAGCAGCUUUUUUUAGUGUCGUCAUAACCCCCAAAAUUCAGUCUAUUGAUACUUAUAUCUAAAAAUAUGAUAUUAAAGCCUCAUCAGACACUUUUCAGCAGCUUUAUACACUCAGUUACCUCUUUAUUAGGAACAUCUGUGCAAUUUAACUCAAUAUUAUAUACAGAUAUUUCAAAAUCUGCUUUAAAUUCGACUUUUAUGAAGGUGAUAAAUCUGCUUUAUGUUGAUUAUUGAGCUCAUAGUGGGUGAUGAUGGUGUAUUAAGGUGCUUUAUAUUAAAGGGUGUUUCUAAUAUUUUGUCCACCCCAUUAACAAACAUGAGAGGGGCAAAAUAUUAGCAACACCAGUCAAUAUAAAGCACAUUAAUACACCACUAAUACAGUUAGUAUGAGCUCAAUAAUAAACAUAAAGCAGAUUUAUCACCUUUUUUACAAUGUAAACAAUAACUUAAAAUAUAUAAACUUCAUAAAAGUAGAAUUUAAAGCAGAGUUGUUGUUUUAGAGUUAAUUAUAUUGCACAGGUGUUCCUAAUAAAGAGGCCUUUAAGUGUACUUUAGCAUUAAAAUUCACAUUUUAAAGGAUAAAACUGGCGACUUUCUAUAUUUUUUCUUAUUGUCAAUAAAUCUAAACAAUGAACUGAUCUACUAACAAGUAUUAUGUGUUUAUUUAAAGUCUGAUAUAUGUUAUUCCUCUCUGCUGUAGACCCUCUGUUGUUGUUUAAAAACUAUUAAAAGCAGAGUUUGGUCACAUACUUGAGUAAAUAAAAUGUAUAUUAAGUGAAAAAACCAACGAGGCAAAGUAAAUAUAUCUGUAUGUGUAUUUAUAUUUCAACAUGAAGGCAAUUAAAAGUGCUUAAAAUGUGUUAAAAGUGUUGAAAUUGACAUUAAAUUAAGCUAAAAAUAGAAUAAGACUCAUAAACUGAGCAACAACAACAUGGUUCAAUAACACAGUAACAGUAACACUCACAUUUUCAGUCUCAGGAGAGAAGUUCUGCGUUAAACUUUAUACAACAUUAUUAAUUUUCUCAGAGAGUUUUAAUACAAAGUGAAGAAGUUGUGAUAUGAAGCACAAUAAGUUAAUGAAGCUGUAAACUGCACAUGCUCAGUCUGCGUCUGCCUUACAAAGAACUGCUCUCUAGAGACUGAAAAUGUGACGAUGUUAAGUUUAUAACAUGUUUUUAAUCGUUUUCGGACACUAACGGAGGAAUAAAAUAAAUCUGACACACAUUAUACUUGAUAGUAGAUCAGUUCAUUGUUUGGUUUGAAUGAGAUUUAUUGACAAAAAGUACAAAUAUAAGAAAUUGCCAGACAGAAAAUUCUCUUUAAAUCUUUCAAAUCUACUCGGUUACAUCCUCUUAAAGCGACGCUGAAACAGAUUUUUCACCUGCAGGUCGCA